CUGGGACCAUGGCUCCCUUUGGAAGGAAUCUAUUAAAAACUCGGCAUAAAAACAGGUCUCCCAACAAGGACAUGGCUUCAAACGAAAGAGAGAUCGUGGUUUGGGUUUGCCAGGAAGAGAAGAUUGUCUGCGGCCUGACGAAGCGCACGACUUGCGCAGAAGUGGUUCAGGCACUGCUGGAGGACCACCAGACAACCUUUGGAGAGAAAAAAGUCCUCUUUGGGAAACACAGCGAUUACUGCAUCGUAGAGAAAUGGAGAGGCUCGGAGCGAGUGCUUCCUCCUUUGACCAAGAUCCUGCGACUUUGGAAGGCCUGGGGGGAAGAGCAAUGUAAUUUGCAUUUUGUGCUGGUAAAGUCAGAUGCUUUCCUCUCCUUUCCGUUAUGGAAGACAGCUGAGGCCAAGGUAGUGCAAAACGUGGAAAAACAAUGGGAGCUGAGUCCAGCAAAUUACAUGAAGAUGCUGCCAAUAGACAAGCAGAAGAAAAUCGUGAGGAAGACUUUCCGGAAGCUGGCCAAACUUAAACAGGACAGUGUGCAGCAAGAGAGGGAUAAUAUGGAAACUCUGAUUCAUCUGAUCAUUUCUCAAGAUCAUACCAUUCACCAGCAAGUCCUUAGAAUGAAGGAACUAGACAUGGAAAUUGAAAGAUGUGAAGCAAAAUUCCAUCUAGAUCGCAUGGCCAAUGAUGGAGAAAAUUAUGUGCAGGACUCCUAUUUAAUGAUCUAUCCAAGUGAGGCUGAGCAGCAAGGGAGUAGGCCAGAUGAUCAAAAAGAGAUGCAUGACUAUUUGAGCAAAAGUGAGGGAAUUUUACAGGUGGAGGAGAGACUGAAACAUCAUAAGCAAUUAAUAGAGAAGCUGUGUGCUGAAAUUGAAAGAGAGGUACACGGUAUAUGCACAGAAAAAAACGGAGAUGAUGGCCGUGCAGAAGGGGCUGCUACUGCUGAGCUGGAAACCUCAAAUUUGGAAAAUGUGAAAUAUGAGCUGGAAAAAAGUAUGAAAGAUGGUCUGAGAAUCAACUCCUACCUGAGCUGCAUCCAGAAAGAACUCACAUACAGGGACUCGCUGCUUCAAAAGAAGGAAAGAGAAUACGAACUUCUUACAGAAGAAUUUAAUUUGCUACAUGUAAAAGACAACGUUGAAACCAGGGCUCCAUCAAAUGAAGAGCCAUCCAAGGGCAGUGACAUCUCCAGUAACAGUACUGCUGUUCCUGACUUUGUUCAUAGAGUGACCACUACUCUGGACAUAAAUGAUACAGACUCAGACACUGGCAUCAGCUCCACGCACAGUCAGGACUCUGAGAUAACUUCAGGGGACUUGGUACUGUUGUCGGCAUAGUUAAAAGCAGUCACAUCUUUAUGAAAAGUCAUAUUUUUGGAGGAUAUUUAUAAGAAGUAGGAAACCUUGCUGUCUUGAAAGUUCAGCCCUUGGGGGAUGUUAAAAGUGUGGCACCUCUUUAGCAGAGCAAACAGGGUCUUUGUAUGUGUUUAAUAGCAUACUUGUGCUUAAAUGUGCAGGCAGUCUCCUGCUAAUAGGUGCAAGGUUGUUGGCUUCCCUACAUCAGGACAGACUGUUUAGAACCUGUAAUAUUGAUGCCCUGUGGAAACAGGAGCGUUCUGACUGGCUUGGACUGAAAGUCUGGAGAUUUGAUAUCCCAUAAGCUUUGGGGCUCACUUCUACAUCUCUCUGACUGUUUAGGAACGUGAAUUGGAGAUUAUAACAAACUAGAUGGAGAGCUUGAUUUUUCAGCUCUGUUACAUUAGCUUUAUUCAGGUGGAAUUUCCCUGCCAUGAAGCUGCUGUAAGGGAUUAUAUAAUCAAGUAUGUAAUCAUUUAAAAAAUAGUGGUUUCUUUCUUUCU